AUGUUAAUUAAUCGCGUCUGGCUUCUACUUGUCUUUGCCUGUGCACCUGCAUGGGCUCAGUUCUCUACGCUCAACGUUGGGCCUUUUACUCUGCCAGUUUUUAAUAUCCGGGAUGCUAUUAAUCAGCUCACAGGACAAUCAACGAGUGGACAAAACGCACAAAACAAUAAUGGAGCCGGUAAUAAUGGAGGCGGCAAUAAUGCUUUUAAUCAGUAUAAUCAAUAUGAAGCCGACCUAUGGAAUGCCUACUACAAUGAUUACAACUAUGCUCAAUACCUGCAAAACUACGAGUACUACGCCGCUUUGCUGGCUUAUCUAGAAGCCCAAAAUGCCAACUCACAGACCACAACUACCACUACAACCACAGCACCGACAACUACCACAACAACAACAGAGGCUACAACGGUUUCCACAUCUACAGCAUUGCCAACACAGUCCCCCACGGUGACUACUUCGACAGCAUUGCCAACAUCUUCGCCCACUUUCAACCACAGUUACAACCUCUACAGCACUGCCAACACAGUCUCCUACUGUGACAACUUCGACAGCAAUUCCAACAUCUUCGACUACAGAUUCAACAACAUCUUCAACAACAGAAUCAACAACAGUCUCCACCUCAACAGCAUUGCCAACAUCUUCAACAAUUACCACCUCCACAGCAAUACCAACAUCUUCUACUACAGAUUCAACCACUUCCUCAACAACAGAGUCAACCACAGCUUCAACAACGGUUUCGACCUCCACAGCAAUACCAACAUCUUCUACUACAGAUUCAACCACAUCUUCAACUACGGAGUCGACCACAGCUUCAACAACGGUUUCGACCUCCACAGCAAUACCGACAUCUUCUACUACAGAUUCAACCACUUCAUCAACAACAGAGUCGACCACAGCUUCAACAACGGUUUCGACAUCCACAGCAAUACCAACAUCUUCUACUACAGAUUCAACCACUUCAUCAACAACAGAUUCAACCACAUCCUCAACAACAGAGUCGACCACAGCUUCAACAACGGUUUCGACCUCCACAGCAAUACCGACAUCUUCUACUACAGAUUCAACCACUUCAUCAACAACAGAGUCGACCACAGCUUCAACAACGGUUUCGACAUCCACAGCAAUACCAACAUCUUCUACUACAGAUUCAACCACUUCAUCAACAACAGAUUCAACCACAUCUUCAACAACAGAAUCGACCACAGCUUCAACAACGGUUUCGACCUCCACAGCAAUACCAACAUCUUCUACUACAGAUUCAACCACUUCCUCAACAACAGAGUCAACCACAGCUUCAACAACGGUUUCGACAUCCACAGCAAUACCAACAUCUUCUACUACAGAUUCAACCACUUCAUCAACAACAGAUUCAACCACAUCUUCAACAACAGAAUCGACCACAGCUUCAACAACGGUUUCGACCUCCACAGCAAUACCGACAUCUUCUACUACAGAUUCAACCACUUCAUCAACAACAGAGUCGACCACAGCUUCAACAACGGUUUCGACCUCCACAGCAAUACCGACAUCUUCUACUACAGAUUCAACCACUUCAUCAACAACAGAUUCAACCACAUCUUCAACAACAGAAUUCAACCACAUCUUCAACAACAGAGUCGACCACAGCUCAACAACGGUUUCGACCUCCACAGCAAUACCGACAUCUUCUACUACAGAUUCAACCACUUCAUCAACAACAGAGUCGACCACAGCUUCAACAACGGUUUCGACAUCCACAGCAAUACCAACAUCUUCUACUACAGAUUCAACCACUUCAUCAACAACAGAUUCAACCACAUCUUCAACAACAGAGUCGACCACAGCUCCAACAACGGUUUCGACCUCCACAGCAAUACCGACAUCUUCUACUACAGAUUCAACCACUUCAUCAACAACAGAGUCGACCACAGCUUCAACAACGGUUUCGACAUCCACAGCAAUACCAACAUCUUCUACUACAGAUUCAACCACUUCAUCAACAACAGAUUCAACCACAUCUUCAACAACAGAGUCGACCACAGCUUCAACAACGGUUUCGACCUCCACAGCAAUACCAACAUCUUCUACUACAGAUUCAACCACUUCAUCAACAACAGAUUCAACCACUUCAUCAACAACAGAGUCAACCACAGCUUCAACAACGGUUUCGACCUCCACAGCAAUACCAACAUCUUCUACUACAGCUUCGUCAGAUAUGACAACUUCCACAGCGUUGCCAACAUCUACAGAUAUUUCAACCUCAACUGCAGUGGCCCCGUCAACCACACCAACCCCGACUGUUCCAGUCCGAAAACCAAGACCUUCGCGCAGACCCACCAGAAGAACAACCACAACAAGGAGAACAACCACAACCACUGCCGCCACAACCACACCACAACUGCAUCAUCUGUGGACUCAAACAAUGCUACUACUACAACACCGCAACCAGAGACAACCACAGUUUCUUCCGACACAACAACAACCAUCCCAACAGCCACUACCACACCAUCAUUUCCCAGCGCAAGCAGUGAGCCUUCUAUCAUCGUCUCAAGUGACUCUGAAGACAUUUUAAGUCCCGCUCAGCAGUUGUCCAUCAAGUCGCCACCAAAGUCCAUGAACUCAUUGUGCUACAACUUUCCAAAGCUCUGCACGCAGCCAGAGGAUGCACAGUAUGUGGAACUCACCGAUGGCAAUGGUAAUCCUUUCUUGUUGAUAUCGCCCAGAGCAAUUACCAAAACAGUCAAAAAGCCAAACAUCUACAAACCUACAUUAAGACCUUAUAAUCAACGGAAGCGAAGUGGCAAUCAGUUCUACAGGACUUUAAGAAAAGAAACGAGAAAGCGUCCUUCCUAUUAUUAG